AUGUUUUAUAGCCACGAUAUCCUCACCUCUCCGGAGCAUGGCGUCGCCACCAUAUGGCUCGUAGCAACUCUAGGAUCUCGAUCCGUUACUAGACGAUUUAAUCGAAAAGCUAUUCUUGACGUCGACGUUACCGAAGCAUGCCGUGUCAUCAUCAAUCCUGAUGCGCCUAUGGCGCUGCGACUUCAAGGAAACCUACUGUACGGAGUCUCGAGAGUCUUUCAUCAACAAUGCGGGUAUACUCUGCUCGACACUCAAUCUAUGCACGAUCGGAUGAUUAGUAUGCUGAAGCAGAUUCCUAAAGGUGGUCUUGACCCAAAUGCUGGAAGAACUAAGCCAAGCAACAUCGUCCUCCCAUACGAUCUGGCCUUUCUCCCUGAGACUGGUCUACAGGGAAUCGAUCUCUCCUUCAUUGAUAUUCUCCCUGACUUGAAAAAGUCAGCCGCUUGGGUUAAAUCUCCAGAUCAAAGUCAAUCCAGCAUGUCUCAACUCGGAAGCAUUCAGCUUGAUUUUCCCUCCGACCUUCUCUUGGACAGUGAUCUACCCAACAUGAAAGAUGACACCGAUACAAUUUCUCGAAAGCGAGGCCCUGAUGAUGAAGAAGGGAUCCUCCUGCAGCCUGACUUUGAAUUCGAUGAGUACGGUAAUAUCGUCGAGUUUGAUGCGGGCCAUAUAUCUCCAACAAAGAGAAGACGCAUCACUCCAGCCCAGAUGGGCUCGCAUUCUCAAUUGGGAAGAGAAGGAGGUUUCACCAUGGAAACAGAUCAGCUUCAUGAAAUACAGAUGCUGGACGACUACCUGAUGGAGGUAGAUCUCCCCACGAAUGGUAACAACGUUUUGCUUAGAGAGAGUGCAGUUAUUGAAGAGUGCAAACCUGGACCUGGAUGUCCUGAAGAAAGACAACAGGUACAGACGAAAAAAGCUCGUCCGAUAAUGCCUUCUGACUACAACACCACUCUCCGCAAUACGGACCUUUCACAGUGGAACGAGAGCUAUACAGCAUUCAUGGAGCAGGCAGCGAAAAACAAGCAUCAAAAUAAAAUGCACACGAUCGCCAAGAACAAUGCAGCUUUCUGGGUUUUCGGCCAGGGAAUCGGCGCUGUGGGAACUGGGCUGGGUGCACAUCGAGAAGUCCACCCUCUGAGCUGUUAUGCGGGCAAUCAGUUCUACAGCAUGCUGUCCGGCGAUAGCAACACGAUCAAAAUGAGUUGUGCAAGGGGAGACUAUGACGAAGAAAGCAACACGCCUACAAACAAGCACCGAGGGGGCCACCAAUCUGAUGAAGCGGACGUGGAAAUCGGCCGGGACGCGCCCUCAAACGUCCUUUUCGAUGACCACAGCUCGCAAGCGCCGUGGAACAUCACCGCCUCGAUCAAAAGCUCUAAUAUUGGUCUGCACAGAAGUGCAAGUGAUCUCUCUGCCCGCGGACUCCACGACUCAGCCAGCUUCAUCGGCUCCCGAAUCCGCGGUCGUCUCACAAGCGCCAGUCCCCUUGCUGGACGAGGAUUGCGCGAACGACUGAGCAGCCUUACCCUCCAAGAAGAUGGACAGGCCGAUCUGGAAGAUUUUGAAAUCACCAAGUACCUGGAAAACGAGUUGGCAGAGGACAACGAAGACAUUAGCAUGCUAUCCGUAUCGCGACGAGCUGUGGCGAUCGAUCGAGCCGUUGCAGUGCUCGAUCAGGAGAGCCUGAGCUUUUUUGACUUCAUCAAGAGUAAGACUGAGCAGUCUAGGUAUUCUGGAGAGAUCUCGUUCUCAGAGCUUCUCCCGCCUACCCAUACGACGCGUCCUGUGGCUACCCAGGGCUUCAUGAACGUUCUUACCCUCGCUACGCGGGGUGUGCUGGACGUGUCUCAGGGCCCCAGCAAGGAUGCUGGUUCGUAUGUGUGGCCUGACCGUUUCAAAUAUGGAGAGAUCUUCAUGCAGCCAUUCGAAUAA